UCAAAAUCAAGAGUGAACACAUUCUCAUAGACUGGUUGAACGUUGGGCAUCUCUCUGAUUUUCGGCUUAGGAUUAUCCACCCAGGCAGUUCUGAUCAUGCCUCUCAAAGCCCUUAGGCUGAUACUGCGCUCAGAAAAAACUUUGACAACCAGGGAGAAUCGGUUGAUUCUAUUCGCUCAAGACAGAAGGGACAAACAGAACGCUCACAGCAGAGAGGUUUUAUUGCUGUUUUCCUUCCCUUAGAGCUUUUGGCUUCCCCUGCUGCU